AUAAUCACUUAUCACUUAUCAGUAUAGUGGGUACUGCACUGCACAUGGCAUUGUGUGAAUCGCUUGAAUUUCAAUCAUGAAUGUUAUUUGAAAUUCUGAAUUAAACAAUAUUACUUUUAAUAAUAAUAUUUAUCUCUACUUUGCGCUACCAUAACACAUAAAUUGGUCACUCAAAGGCCAAAGCCAUGAAUAAAUCUGAAACUAUUAAUUGUCUAGAAGAAAACUUGAAUGGUAAAAAGAAUUUUAAACGAGCAUGGCGAGAUGAGGAUGAUACAAAAUCCAACAAAGAGCAAAGAAAACUUUUAAAACAGAAGUAUGUUGGAAUUGUUGGUAAACCAAAAUGGGCCAAAAUCACUGCAGAUCAAUCAAGAAAAGUAUUACUAGAUGAUGAAGAUGAAGAUUUGGAUUUGCUUAAAUACAGUGGUAAUUUAGCUCGUACAAAAAAAGGAGUAAAUUUAGCUAAAGGCUUGAUUGGUAUAAAAAAAUUACACAAUUUAAAUUUGUCCACGUCAUCUUGUGGCAAAAUUGUUAAAUCAGUAGAAUUUCAUCCAACAUCCAGUAUAGCAUUAAUUGCUGGUAUCUCAGGAAGAGCUUCAAUUGUACAGGUCGAUGGAUUUAAAAAUGAUAAAUUACAAUCUAUUAAAUUUCAAAAAUUUGCUAUUGAUUGUGCACAUUUUACUGUUGAUGGAAAACAGUUUGUAGCUGGGUCCAGGACACAAAGAAAUUUUUACUGCUAUGAUUUAAUGGAAGGAAGGUCAAUGUUUGUUCCUGUUCAUCAUAAUAUUGGACAGACUAGAAUGGAUAACUUUUGCAUGUCACCUGACGGAAAGUUAAUAGCUUCUUGUGGCAAGUUUGGCGAGAUUCACUUAUUUACUGCUAAGAGUAAAGAAUGGAUAACUACAUUGAAGAUGAAUGGUGCAGCAAAUUCUCUAACUUUUACCAAUGACGGCAAGAGAAUGUAUUCCUUUGGAGAGAAUGGAGAAAUUUAUGAAUGGGAUAUGAACACUCGGACGUGUAUAAAGAAAUUUAUGGAUGACGGCUGCCUCCAAGGCACUAGUUUAGCACUAUCAGGAGACAAUCAGUAUUUGGCAGCUGGCUCGUCAUCAGGUGUUGUGAAUUUAUAUAAAUUACCUUGUGAUGUAAAUCCAAAGCCAGAUAAAACCAUUUUAAACUUGCUGACCACUGUUUCAAAAUUAAGCUUCAACAAAAGUUCUGAUAUUUUAGCUAUGGUUUCUAAUCAAAAGAAUGAUGCUAUUAAAUUGUUGCAUGUGCCAUCUAAAACUGUGUUUUCUAAUUUUCCUACAACAUCUGAUAAUGUUGGGAAAAUUAAUUGUAUAGAUUUCUCACCCAAUGGUGGAUACCUUGGUUUAUCCAAUAAUAAAUCCGAAGCUCUACUGUACAGAUUGACACAUUUCGAAAACUACUAAAACUAAAUACAGAUAUUCAGCUGUUAUAUAAUUACACAAGAAGAUCAUUAAUUUUU